UGUCUUAUUAACUAACUACUACUUCUCAAAGCUUAUUAGCUCAGUAGCUUAGCAUCUGAGAAGAAAAAACCAGCGGCAGCAAUAAGCUUUUCUUUUUCUCUCAUUUUGUCUGAGUGUUAUGGCAUUGACUGCUUCUUUUGCGCCAUUCUCCAUUCCAGGUGGCCAUGUCAAGGCAUCUCAGGAGCUAUGUUUAACAAAGCGUAAUUGUUCUGGGCUUGGAUCUGGGCCUGGGCUCUGGCCUGGGCCUAAUCUCACUGCUCAGAGAAGAUCACACUCCGCUGUGAGCAGGAAUCGCAGGUCAUCUAUUUGUGCAGAAUACCGAGAAGGUGGAGGUGGAGGUGUGGAUUUUCUUGCCGGAUUUCUUAUGGGAGGUGCAAUUCUUGGGACUGCAGCUUAUAUCUUUGCCCCCCAGAUCAGAAGAUCUCUACUAAAUGAGAACGAAUAUGGGUUUCGCAAGGCAAAAAGACCAAUGUAUUAUGACGGAAGAUUAGAGAGGACCAGGCAAACAUUGAACAGAAAGAUAACCCAGCUGAAUGAUGCCAUUGAUAAUGUUUCUUCACGUUUGAGACGUGGCAAUAACAAUGUACCUGCUGCAAAGAUGGCAAGUGAUCCUGAAGUGGAAGCUAACAUGUGAGGUGUCUACAAAUUGAUUUUGUUUUCAUUUUAAUCAAAUUGUCAAUGAUGACUGAAUGAUGGAUUACGAAGAACUAAAUAAAUAGUUAAAUACUACAUUUUCCUUUGAAGGAAAAUCUUGUUGCUGGACUUAUAUUGUCAAAUUCUGAAUUGCGAACAUUAUAUAAGUGAAGUUUUUUUUUUUGUGUG